AUGACUAGGACUGCUCUGAUGGAGUUUACGGUUGUACUUCUGGCACUUGUGCCCGGUGCUACGGCAGUCCACAAGCUUUCGCAAUUCACACCAGUUGAGAGCAAAGCGAAAACGUCUCCAACGACGUCGAACAAUACUUUUUUGGACAAACUCGGGCUGCUAGAUUCGUUGUCGGGUGACUCUGAAUUAUCUCUUCCAGAUACUGUCGGUCCUACCCCAUACACCUUUCCUACGUCCAACGGUUGGCGCGACCUUCUUGCGACUAAUUCCAGUCGAUGGAACAACAAUUAUCCCUCUUACCGUCGGUCCUACUACAUAUCUUGGUUCAAACGGGACAGACGAGAAGAAUCGUCGAUGCUUCUCGUUGUGGGUGGCUUGCAGUCGGGUAGGCUGAAUGAUACGUGGAUCUACACAUUUUGGAGCAACUCGUGGUUGCUCUUGUCGUCAAGUUCGUCGUUGCCAGGAACGUAUGCUCUAGGUUAUCAAGUUCUUCCGACUUUGUGUCAGACGUUUGUUGUUUUGGUCAGAAAAGUCGAUGAUGUCUGGUGCUUUAGUGGUCGAACUGAAACGUGGACUAGACUUAGCGUCGAUCCACACAAUCGGUAUUACCAAAGCUUCUCGAUUCAGGGAGCAGUGUCGGUUGAUACGAGCACUCGAAACUGUUUAGACUGUAUAUGCUCCGGUUCUGUGUUUAUAUACGGGAUUGCGUACAUAGACUCUCCAAACUUUCUCCAAAUGAGGGAAUUGCAAUGCAACGAGUCUCUCAAUCAUCGACUCUCCUGUCACUGGCGUCUAACAAAUCGAAACAAGUUUUCUUAUAAGGUAAACACGUCCGAAUAUUGGCACGCAUUUUCUAGAGUACGCGGUCUAAUGGCUGUUGCUGACAACGAGAGACGAAUCAUUUACUUUUCCAAAAGGCUUUCUUACCUUGAUUUUUAUCAAUUCAAAAGAGCAACAAUUGUCAAGUAUGACGUAGAAACGUCAACGUUUACUCAUUUGACCUUUCCUGUGAAGUAUCGUUCUAUAUCCUUCAGAAAUAUGUUCGUCUGGAAUGGUUCCUAUUUGAUGUUGUCAGACCAACAGACCUAUUUGGCGAUAUCACUCAGACGGCAAACGCACUACCGACUGUUGUAUUCCAGCAAGCUUCCUGACUUGGACAACGGUGGAUUGGACGUCGUGUUAACGAUGCCGUUCGUUGGUCCAGUCCGCUUUCACUGGAAUAUUUUUAGCUAUAUCCCACGAGUGUUCGUCUAUCGUGCGGUUGCAUCGAGAGAUCGCGGUUUUCCAAUUUUUUCCUUCAAGUUGAAACGGUUUCCUCCACCGCUGUUUCCCGGUUGCUUGCGUCUGCACGCGUCCGUCUACAAGUACGACUCACAAAUAUUGUACGUCUACGGCGGCGAGGGGUGCGAUCACAAUGCGUCGAGGUCGUCGGCUGGAAAUAUGUGGGAACUGUCGAUGAGUUCCAACACUUGGUGGUUGCUGAGGCCACGGAAAGUUCCUCGAACGCACAUAGCAAAUUGCAUGAGCUACAGCGGAUCGAAUGUUGUUCUCUUCGGGGGACGCUAUGGAAAUGGUAGCGUAGUGAAUGAGCUGUGGUUAUACAACAUAAUUUAUCGAACGUGGAGUGAGAGGAAACUCGUGGAAAGAUCGUGGCCCGAAGCUCGUGCGGGUUGUAGUAUAACUUCGAUGUCUGGUGUUCAUACUCUGGCUCUCUUUGGUGGAUAUUUGAAGGACGGAAAGGGGACGUCGGACGUGUGGUUACUCUCUUUGCACGAAUCGUCUCCAGUAUGGACAAAAAUGACUUUCAAGUCUAGCAAAAGCGUUCCGGCACCGAGAUUCGGCCACAGCGGUGUCACAGUCGGAAGUGAAUUGAUUGUUUAUGGUGGAAUGGGAAGUUUAUUGCAAGACGUCGAUCCCGUGUGUCUCACUGACAUGUGGGCUUUCAGCUUUUCCAGCAGAUCGUGGAGAGAGCUCGUCUCACUGCCAGUCGUUCCAAGACUUCAGUACGGUAGUUUCUCUUUGGAUCGAAGGUUCGACUUGUGUGGCAGUUUUCUGUUACCCUACGGGGGGCGACGUGUCGUGGUGUGGGAAAAUACUGUCGUCAAGAGAGAUGAAUCGGUGCACAAUUCUAUUUGGAUGAUGGACUUGAUGUCAAUGAAACGGACAAGUUUGCCCGCACCAGAUAAUUUAGUACUUGUUCAAGCGUCUGCGAUACUAAACGGUAGUGUCGUUUUGUACGGUCACUCUCCGCAACCGUCUGGAUCGGGAGUUGACGUUUUGCUGGAAAUCGGCGAGUCGUGCUCUUCCGGAUCUGCUCAACUGGACGGACCAGCAGGGUCGUGUACCUCUUGCCCUAUCGGACGUUAUACCAACUACUUUCAUCAAGUCGGUGAUUGUUUGUCGUGCCCUCGCGGAUUGACGACUAGGGAACGAGGAGCCUCGUCCAUCACAAACUGUUUGUGUGACGACAACUACUGCAAACACGGUAGUUGUCAUAAAUCUCCAACGACAGACAAUGAAAUGAACGUUGUUUGCAAGUGCCCCAUUAGCUACACCGGGGAGAGAUGCGAAACCAUUAGUUACGAUUUCUUCUUGCUCGUAUUUGGAGUAUUAACCGUACUGAUCGUAUUCACAACAGUCAGUGUUUGCUACGGCGUCCGAAUCGUGCGCCAUCGCAGGACUAGAAAACAAACAGAGAGAGAACUGGAAGAGACGCGCAGAGCAUUCACCAUUCUACCCCAAGAAAUACAACUACUCGGUCGUCUAGACGAAGACUGUCCAGGCGGAUACGGUCAAGUGCACAAAGCUCAAUACAGGGACUGGGUGGUAGCGGUCAAACAACUGCAGUUUGUAAUGGCGGAAUGGGCUGAUAUCAGAAGAGAGUUUUUGAGAGAAAUUCAGUUUAUGAGAACCGUUCGUCAUCCGAACAUCGUCAUGUUUAUCGGAGCGGGACAAUACAGUACGGACAAUCCCUUCCUCAUUUUAGAGUUUAUGAGCGGCGGAGCUCUGCGAUCAUUGUUACAAGACUCAAGCGUCGAAAUCGCGACUGAAGAAAAAAUAGGUUUCAUUCUAGACGCGGCUGAAGGAAUGAAAUAUUUACAUACUCUCAAACCGCCGAGGAUUCAUCGUGACUUGAAGAGCGCAAAUCUAUUGGUGAGUGCGACUAAGAACAUAAAAGUUAGCGACUUCGGUUCUGCUCGUCUCAUUUCGAUGAAAAGCCGAGUGCUUACAAAGAGAAAUUCGGGUGUCUCAAACGCUAGGAAAGAAGGAGACUUGGAAUCAGAGAAUUUGUUGAAGGAGGAUGCAAACUUAACAAAUCGCCAUAUUGGAACUGCACGUUGGCGUUCUCCGGAACUGUGGAAACAGAAGCCUUAUGGAACAGCGACCGAUGUGUACAGCUUUGGAAUCGUGAUCUGGGAGAUUGUAACACGACAGACGCCUUUCUCAGGACAAGACUAUAGAUUCGAUUCUCAAGUUGAAGACGCUGUUCUCGCGGGUACCAGACCGGUAAUACCAGACACCACCACGAAAGAGUUGAACGACCUCAUGAGCGUUUGCUGGAAGACGAAACCAAGUGACAGACCUCAGUUCGUUGACGUUGUCGUUACCCUUCGACGUUUACUGCAGCAGGUACCGCAACGACAAAACCUAGACACUGUUGAUAAUUCCAUAGCUAGUUACUGCAAAUCAGUUAGCAAGGACAAUACAACCGAAGAAGUCUCAGGGUCGGUAGAUAAUCCGUUAUUGAUGGCAGUAAAGGGGGACAUUGAACAAGUACAGAGUGAAGAGCUGUUGAAGGCAUCAAACUUGUUUCCUCCAUCAGCGAGUACGUGUUUGGACGCAAUUGUGGAAUUGGACUCUACUGUUUAGUGCAUUAUCAAGAUUUUUUUUGUGUCAGUACGAUGCGAAACAAUACUGUAGUGGUGCUGUCUAGCUUGAGAACAAUUAGUAGCAAUGCCAUGUACGUCAUCGACUUUGAUUGCAAUUAAUGUUUAUGCUUCGACAUUAUCAAAUUAUCUACUUGUAAAGCUUGGAUAAAAUAGAUUGUCAAUUGUCUA